AUGUCAAUUUCAUCCAAUGAACUCGACCUUUGUGUUAUUGAUGGGGUCUAUGACAUAGCAGAACUUCGUGAACAUUUUGAAAAAGGUGGAGUUAUCACUACCAAUUCAUUCACCGCACUCAUCAAAAAUGUAACACCACUCUUCGUGCAGGAAGACAAUUUAAUUAAGACGUCUGGAGAUGCUGUAGUCUUUGGUGACAUUCAUGGGCAAUACUUUGACUUUAUGGCGGAACUUGAUGCGAUAGGAGAAGACGUCGACACGCACAAAUUACUUUUUCUAGGUGAUUAUGUGGACAGAGGAGAGUACUCAUGUGAGGUUCUAAUCACUUUGUUGUGUCUUAAAUACAACUCCCCAGACACUGUAUACUUAUUACGAGGAAACCAUGAAACUCAAGACAUGACGAUGACGUAUGGGUUCCAUACUGAAUGUCAAUGGAAAUAUAACGAACUAAUCUACACUGCUCUCUUGGAAGUGUUCCAAGCACUUCCUUUAGCUAUUUUACUUGACACAAGUUGUGGAACCUUUUUUAUCUGUCAUGGAGGCCUGUCGCCGGACUUAAAUUCAUGUGAGGACGUGAACAGGCUCACGAGAUUUACAGAACCGGGAGAAGUCGGACUCCUCACCGACUUACUCUGGGCAGACCCUGUUCCAGCAGAUGAAGAAAAGGACCUCUCGACAUACACUUUUGGCGAUAACGAAGAGCGACAGUGCUCGUGUUACUUUGGACAAAGGGCGGUGGAGGACUUCAUUGAUACAAAUAAGCUUGCUGGGAUCUUACGAGGCCACCAAUGUGUAGAAGAAGGCUUUCAGACCAAUUUUGAGAGGAACGGAAAACCCUUGUGUUUCACUGUUUUCAGUGCGCCGGGGUAUUACGACGACAACAAAGCGGCUGUAUUCAUCUUGGGAGACGGUGGGGUGAAUAUCAAACUGUUUGGGGAGGAAGAUAUGACGCAGUACUUUUUCAAAUUGCGAGACCCUCUCAUGUGGGGGCUCCAGAGAGUUUUCCUUGAGAUGACAAGCAUCUUUGAUGAAGUCAAAAUGUGUGCGUUUAAUGCAGUUGAAGGUGGUGAUGAGAUAGAAGUAACACGUGAGAAGACUUUUAAUGAGGCGGAUGAGGUCCGUCAAGAGAAAAUGAAGCUUCAAAUACCUCAAAGAGUAACUCCACUACUCAACAAUCAACAAAAUGAAGAGAUCAAAAGCCCUAAAUUUGGGAGUAAAACAAGAGAAGACAAGAAAGAGGAUAUUAGCGGAGUGGGGAGUCCAAAGGUAUUUAGAAAAUGGAAUAAAAAGGGGAAAGGGAAGGAAAGUAGGACUAAUCUACUUGCAAACAGCUUGUCGUAUGAAGUUCCACAGAGAAAGGUAAUGCACUUGAUGAAGUCAGUGGAGACAGAAACCCCUUCGUUGUGUUUGUUGGUUUGUAUUUUUGUCUGA